UACUUCGACGGGCAGAUAUAACAUCACGUAUGGGUUUAAAACUUGGACACGCCAUGAAAUUAUACAAACAAGAUUAAUCAAUUGUGUUAUCAACUUUUUUUCGAUCACACAAAACACGACGUGUACUAUCAGUAAUCAAGAAGACAUGGAGUUAGAAUCAAUGGACAAUAUCAUUCAACCAAUUGAAACUUCAAAAGUUUCUGCACUCAUAAACGCUGAACAAGACGAUUUUUCUGAACUACCAAUUAAUCAUACUAUAGAGAGUGAACGUAAUACUAAAGAUGAAAUUCCCCAACUAAUAGAUGAAAAUGAAAUAAAUGAAGAACCUUAUGAAAAUAUUGGGAAUUGUUUUGUGAUCAAAAAAAUAAUUAAACAUGGAAUUCCAGAUAUGUGUCCAGAAAGAUAUGAUGAUAUUAUAAUUAAUUUAGUUGGUCGUCAAGAUGAAAAAGAUUAUAUAAUAGAAGACGAAAAAAAAUUAUUAAUUACUCUUGGUGAUUGUGAGGUAUUAGAAGGUGUUGAUAUAGCAUUACACUUGAUGAAUGUAGGGGAAAUAGCCGAAUUAGAAAUAGCAUCACAAUUGGGUUAUUUGGAUUUAGGUAUAGAAUCUAUGGUUUCUAGUGGUGCUAAACUACGUUAUACUGUUGAAUUGAUAUCUAUAAAACCUAAAAUACUUCCUGAAAAUCUUUCUCUCAAUGAAAGGCUUAGAAUUGGGCGAAAAAAAAAAGCUAGAGGUAACUGGUGGUACUCAUGUAAUGAAUACAAAAUGGCUUUAAAUGUAUAUAGAAAAGCUCUUCAAUAUUUUGGUGGACCUGAAGACCAAGUCGUUCUUGAUAUUAGAAAUAAUGAAAUUCUAAUUGAACGUAUCAAAGUAUUUAAUAAAAUGGCACAUGUAUAUAUAAAAAUGAAUAAUUUAAGUGUAGCACUGCUAGCACUGAACUAUGUUCUUUAUUUUGAGCCUAUGAAUGAAAAAGCAACUAUCCGCAAAGGUAAAGUACUAUUAUUAAAAGGACAAAUUAUGGAAGCUGCUCUAGAACUUAAGAAAGCAUUAGAAAUAAACCCUAACAAUGUGAUAGUUCAAAAUAUUUUACGUAAAGUUGAAUCAAAAUUAGUGAAAGAAAGAAAAUUGUUCAAAAAUAUGUUGGGACCAAUAGUUAAUAACAAAUCGAACACAUUUAUAAUCAGUGGACUUAUUGCUGGCUUAGCAGUAAUCUGUGGAUACUGUUACUUUAAAAACAACUUUCCGUUUACCAAAUUAAAUACAUAGCUUUUGUAAUGUCAAAGUCUUACAUUCAGCAAACAAAUAUAAACUGCUCACUGUGAAUCCGUUCAAUUUUAAUUUUUAAUGAUAUUUUUUAAGAAAAAAUA